CGACCCCUGUCCCGGAAGUGGGUUCGGAGCCGGCGAGAGGACGGCGGGCGGGCAGGCUAGAGCGGCGCGGCGCGGCCAGGUGGGGGCGAGGCGGCCAUGGAGGACGCCAGGUGCUUCUCGGAUAUCUACGGCGGCCGCCUGGCCCUGCAGCGCCGCUACCAUUCCCAGUCGUGCCGGGAGUUCUGCGUCGUCUGCCCCCGGCUCUCGUUGCGCUCGCUCACCGCCGUCACUUGCGUCGUGUGGCUGGCGGCCUACGGACUGUUCACUCUCUGCGAGAACAGCAUGAUUCUCUCUGCUGCCAUCUUCAUCACCCUCAUAGGCCUGCUUGGUUAUCUUCAUUUUGUGAAGAUUGAUCAGGAGACUCUGUUAAUCAUCGAUUCCCUUGGCAUCCAGAUGACUUCAUCCUAUGCCUCAGGCAAAGAAAGUACCACCUUUAUUGAGAUGGGCAAGGUGAAGGAUAUUGUUAUUAAUGAGGCUAUUUAUAUGCAAAAGGUGAUUUACUACCUCUGCAUUUUAUUGAAGGAUCCAAUAGAACCUUAUGGAAUAUCCCAAGUAGUACCUGUCUUUCAGAGUGCCAAGCCCCGGCUGGACUGCUUGAUUGAAGUGUACAGGAGCUGUCAGGAGAUCCUGGCACACCACAAAGACGCAGCCGUGAGUUCCUGACUCCCAGCAAACAAAGGCCAGUAUUGUCUUCCAUGGGAGAUGACUCCUAAGCCACAGGGGCUGGUUUAUUUCCAGUACACGAAGCCAUCAGGUGGACACAGUACCAAGAAGCAGUAUGGAUGCAGUAGAUCUCAGAGCCAUAGAGCAGGUGACCGGAAGCCUUGCUCACUGGGAGAUGCUGAGCAAAGUAUGUUUAUGCUAGUGCUGCCCUCAUGCGGCUUUGCUUACUUCAUCCACUGAGGGGAGGCCUUAAGAAACUAUGUCAACAUAAUGUCAACACAGAGCACUUUGUGAAAUUCCCAAACACAGUCCAGUUUACUGUUGAAAUUUGUGGAGCAAGAUGUUGGGAAACCACUACCGGAGAACAGUUUCCAACCGCAUAGUACCCAUGCAUAAAAGUGAAGAAAAAAAGAGAACCGAGUUCUUCAGGUACUGACUGGUUAGCUGGAGGAAAAAUGUCUACAUAAGACUCAUCUCUGUUUCCCUACUUCCUGCACAGAGUUAAUUUAUGAUGACUUAAUAAACAGAUGACUUCAAAGCAUA